AUGGUCGGAUUAGACGACGUGCAUGCCUCUAACACUGCCCUAGUUCAGCGCCAGCCAUUGGUUGCUGUUUUCUUUGGCGGUACCUCAGGCAUUGGUCACUAUACUCUGCGUGCCUUGGCCACGGCAGAAGCCAAGGGUGGCAAAGGCUUCCGUGCAUAUAUCGUUGGCAGAAAUAUCAAAGCCGCUGAAGAAAUUAUCGCAGAAUGUCGUGGCAUUUGUCCCAACGCCCAGAUCAGAUUCUUGCAAACUGAGGAUAUUUCGCUAAUUCAGAACGUUAAUCGCGUCUGCGAAGAGGUCAUUCAGAUGGAAGAAAAGGAGCAAGAAGAUCCAAGGAUAGAUUAUCUCAUGCUAAGUCAGGGAGGGCCUAUCUUUCAGCCACGGAAAGACACCAAAGAAGGUAUCGACGUCACGAUGUCUUUGAUGUACUAUUCUCGAAUGAGAGCAAUAACAAAGCUCCUUCCAUUGCUACUCAAGUCGACUCUCCCCGCAACAGUCGUUUCGGUCUUUGCAGCAGGCUACGAGCAAAAGUUAUUUCCCGACGAUCUCUCUUUGCGCGAUCUAAAUAACUAUAACUAUUUGACUGCUCGCUCACAUAUGAUAUACAUGCAUGUAUGCUUCAUGGAAGCUUUGGCUGAGCAGAACCGAGGGAAGCUUAGUCUGAUUCACAUCUUCCCUGGCCUCGUGUUAGGACCCGGGUUUGAAAAACAUGAUUUGCCCGUUUGGUUUAGGGUGCUGUGGCGUUACAUUUUUGUUCCCUUCUUUGCACCGUUCCUUACUAUUCCACCAUCUGAGAGUGGUGACAGAAUGUUGAGCCUUGCAUCGUCUCGUUAUCCGCCACGAGGAGCAAGUUCGUCGCAGAACCAAGGGGAGACUACUAUGGGGACGGAUGGUAAGCUUGGAAGCGGUGUAUACUCCCUUGGUAAAACGGGAGAUACCAACUACAACGCCAAGUACUAUGAGAAGAUCGACAAGGACCAACUAAGGCAGAAGGUGUGGGAUCACACUAUGAGCGCUUUUGAGACUAUCGAGGCAGGGGAAGUUUUUGCGGAUUGA